GUGAAGUUGAAUAUUGCAUCUGAUUUAUCGCAGAAAUUCUGUCAUAGAACGCAUGAUUACCAAGUUGUGUACUACGUUUUUUUUUUCUGAUUGUAUUGAUUGUUGAUCACGUACAGUUCACGUGUCUCAGUGCGUUUUUGUGUCUCGCAGACGCAAGUCUCUAUGUGCUGGCGACGACGCUUCGUGUUCACUACUUUGCACUCACUGUCGUCGUAAUGGCGAGCAAUUGCGGUGACAUCGUUCAUUACGCUCGGCAAGAGUUAAUCAGUGAGGAUAAGAGAUACGCAGCGGCACAUUUGAACGAGACUGAUGCGACUAGAGAGAACGCCUUGGCGGAGAUUAGACGCUGGAUUGAAGAAAUCGAUGAUUUGCCCGCACAAAUUGAUGAUUUUCUUAUUCUACGAUUUUUGAGAGUCUGCAAAUUUGACAUCGAGAAAACUAAGGACAGGAUUCGAAACUAUUAUAAGCAGCGAUCCGACUUGCCGGAAUGGUACAGAAAUAAGGACCCACUUCGACCGGAAUUGCAAGAGCUGCUUGAAAUGGGAAUAGUAUUGCCGCUGCGAAAGCCAGACAGCCAAGGAAGAAUUGUUUUUCUCGUGCGCGGAACUCUGCAUGACCCAAGAAUACAUAAAAUGUCAGACCUAGCUAAGAUUGGUAUAUUGAUAACAGAAGCUGCGAUAAAGUAUUAUCCAGCAGCAUCUAUAUAUGGUUGCGCAGUGUACGUAGACGUAAUCAAUUUAACAAUGCGCCACGUUUUACAGUUCUCAUCACCCUUCGUGUUAAGAAAUUUGAUCCACACGUUUCAGAAGUGCUAUCCUAUAAGAUAUCAAAAGAUUGUCAUUUUUAACGCGCUAGCAAUAUUCGAUAUUGUUAUGAGAAUUAUUAAAUCUUUCAUGACGGAGAAGAUAAAAAACAGAUUUUACGUCUACUCACACCAGCACUGUUUCGAAGAUAUUCCAGCUAAUAUAUUGCCUGUCGAAUACGGUGGCACGGAUGGAACUCUUCAGGAAUUAACAGGAUAUUGGAAAAAAUGGAUCGAAGAGAAUCGCGACUGGUUUACAGAGGAUGAAAACUGCCCAAAUAGUGAAACUUGCAGAGACAGUAUUUGAAUUAAUUUAUUUGGGACUAAUAAAUUAACGCAGAUAAUUAGCGAAUAUUUGAAUCCGAUGAUCGUUUAUCCGAACAGCACAUUACAAUGCGCUUCUAUGAUCUGUAAAUGCUAAUUUCGCACUUAUUGCCACAAAUUAGAGAAAUCACUCUGUCGGUUAUCAACAGAAACAAAAUAUUACUCGAUCGUAACUUAGCAAGUUUAUCGCUUUAUGCGUUAUGUAAGAUAUCACGUGCAUUCUCUCUCAUCACGUAUGGAUUUCUAAUCACGAUGAGAUCUAAGGUCGUAAUUCAUAGUCUGUUCUUAUAUUUAAAAUCGUCUCAAGUUCCAUCUUAAGGUGUCAUCAAUUAGAGAGCAUUAGUAUCUGACAUUUUCAAGACGAUCUUGAAAAAAGAUUCGAUUGUAAAUAUAUAUGGGGCUUUCCAAAAGCUUAGGAGAGCUAGAAAAUAUUUGUUUCUGUAACAAACUUUAUUUGUUUUCAUAGAAAUAUGUAUAUAAAUAAAUAUACUAAAAUUUAA